CGAAAAGUUGCGAUUGUACUAAGGGUCAAGGCCGUAACUUACCCAAACUUGUGAAAGAAGAAACGCCGUGCGUGUGAUUAAUCAGAAUUAUUUAAUAGAUAUAAGCAAGGAUUGACAAUGUAAAUGUUUGAUGUAAAACAUCUUGAAAUUUAUAGUGUUCAACACUACUGACUUUUCUGGUAAUAAAAAAGAAUAAGGAACUCAACAAACAUGUCUGCAAGAAGGAUUAACAAGAUGCGUAACCAGGGACAAGGAGGCGGCACUCGUGUUCAUUAUGUACGGGCGGACAUUGUAACUCAGAAAAGGAAUGAGAGGAUGGUUCGAGAAGCGUACAGGCGUGAACAUAAGAUAAGUUCGUACCUAGCGGAGGACGAGAACUUUCCGAGCUUCCGGACUCAGUUGGCGAAACUUGGAUUAGAAUUGAGAGAUAUACCAGGUGAUGGGAACUGUUUGUUUAGGGCACUCGGAGACCAGUAUGAAGGUCAUGUACGCAAUCAUUUCCGCCAUAGACAAGACACAGUUAAAUAUAUGAGUGAACACAAGAACGACUUUGAACCAUUCCUUAGUGAUGAUACCACCUUUGAACGACACAUUUCAGGUUUACAGAAACUUGGGACAUAUGCUGGCAAUGAUGCAAUAGUGGCAUUUGCCAGACUGCAUGAAGUUAAUGUGAUCAUUCAUCAACUCAAUUCACCUUUCCUUAUGAUUCAAGGAGUUAAUGUCAGUUCCCCUUCAACAAGACAGUUACAUAUAGCAUACCAUAAUGGAGAUCACUACUCAAGUGUUAGAAAAUGUGGCGAUAAUACAGAAUCUCAAACCAAUAUCAGAUUAAAGAUUGGAGAAGAUGGACAGAAAUCCACAAAGACAGAUUAUGGCAGUGGGGUAUACAGUGACGAUGGCGUAGCACGUGCAGUGAGAGACACUGUCCGUCUAGCAGAGGAAGUGAUGAAUGCUACAGGAUGUAUGGAUGAGCAGAGAGUAUUAGAAAGUCUGACAGACUGUGACUAUGAUGUGGAUGCUACUAUAGCUUACGUCCUACAAACUAUGGAAACAAACCCAGACUUCAAAGACGACACGACCUCCCUCGCCUCUCAGAUGACCUCCACGGACAGUGGUAUAUGGUCUGAAAGCAGCACUACGCCUACCAAACAUGAUGUUAAUGGUAAUACUUCACAGGUCAAAGGUCAUGUGAGAGACGACAGUUAUGGUGGUAGCUCUGGGUAUGGUUCACUAAAUAGCCAGGGUGGAGCUAGACCAAAAGUCUUUCAGGAGCCAAAGGUGCCAGUGCAAGCAGCAAGAUUGAACAGCAAACAGACGAAGAAGAUGAAGAAGAUGGAGAAAAAGAAGAGAGCAGAAGAAAAACACAAGUUGAAGGUUCAAGGUGGUGUACCUGUCAAUGCUGUUGAUGAUACUGAUGAUGUGGUUACCAUCAUUUCUAAAGAUCUACAAAUGGCAAAAAUUUAAAUGGAA